CGGCGGGGAUGUUAACACACAUCGUCAAAAAUGGAGAAAUACGAAAAAAUCAAAGUUGUUGGAAGAGGAGCCUUUGGCAUCGUGCACCUGUGCCGGCGGCGCAGUGACAAUGCGCUCGUGAUCUUGAAGGAGAUCCCUGUGGAGCAGAUGACACGUGAUGAGCGGCUGGCGGCCCAGAAUGAGUGCCAGGUGCUGAAGCUCCUCAACCACCCCAACAUCAUAGAGUACUACGAAAACUUCCUAGAAGACAAGGCCCUCAUGAUCGCCAUGGAGUACGCCCCAGGUGGAACCCUGGCUGACUACCUCCAGAAGCGCUGUAACUCUCUCCUUGAUGAGGACACCAUCCUGCACUUCUUUGUGCAGAUCCUACUGGCGCUGUACCACGUCCACAACAAGCUCAUCCUGCACCGUGACCUCAAGACCCAAAACAUCCUGCUUGACAAACACCAGAUGAUUGUAAAGAUUGGGGACUUCGGCAUCUCCAAGAUCCUUGUUAGCAAGAGCAAAGCCUACACUGUAGUUGGGACCCCAUGCUAUAUAUCCCCUGAGUUGUGUGAAGGCAAGCCCUACAACCAGAAGAGUGACAUCUGGGCUCUGGGCUGUGUGUUGUAUGAGCUCGCCAGUCUCAAAAGAGCCUUCGAGGCAGCUAAUCUGCCUGCUCUGGUCCUGAAGAUCAUGAGCGGCACCUUUGCUCCUAUCUCAGACCGCUACAGCCCAGAGCUGAGGCAGCUCAUACUCAACAUGCUCAACCUUGACCCAUCCAAGCGGCCACAACUCAAUGAGAUCAUGGCCCACCCAAUCUGCAUCCGUCCCCUGCUGAACCUCUACACAGAUAUUGGCAAUGUGAAGAUGCGCAGGAUCGAGAAACCACUGUCCACUGUACAAGCUGGGGCCCAUGGGAGGCCAGGAGGGCGAGUGCCAAACACCAGGUCAAGGGAUGGGUUGAUGGGCAUGGGCGCAGGGAAAAUGGUCCACCCACAUCCUUUGUCUUCCGUGUACACCUGGGGUAGUGGCAUCUCUGCCCCUUUACGCCUGCCCAUGCUUAACACUGAGGUGGUGCAGGUAUCCUUGGGCCGCACACAGAAGAUGGGCGUCACAAAGUCUGGUCGCCUCAUCACCUGGGAGGCUCCCUCUGUAGGGUCUGGGGAGACCACCCUCCCUGGGGCUGUGGAGCAGCUGCAGCCACCAUUUGUCUCCCGCUUUCUGGAAGGCCAGUCUGGGGUCACCAUCAAGUCUGUGUCCUGCGGCGACCUAUUCACCACCUGCAUGACAGACAGAGGCAUCAUAAUGACAUUUGGGAGUGGAAGCAAUGGCUGUCUUGGACAUGGAAAUUUUAAUGAUGUAACACAGCCCAAGAUUGUGGAGGCCUUGCUGGGAUAUGAGCUGGUUCGGGUUUCAUGUGGGGCAUCGCAUGUGCUUGCCGUGACCAAUGAGAGGGAAGUGUUUGCCUGGGGGAGAGGCGACAACGGGCGUUUGGGCUUGGGCUCCCAGGACUCCUAUAACUCACCUCAGCAGGUGCAAGUUCCAGAUGGGUUUGAGCCCUUGCGAGUUCUUUGUGGAGUAGAUUGCUCCAUCAUUAUGGGUGCUGCAGGACACACUAUACUGGCAUGCGGAAGCAACAGAUUUAAUAAACUGGGUUUGGAUAAGAUCGUCGGUGUGGAAGAGCCCCCCAUCUCGGACCAGGUAGAAGAAGUCCACACUUUUAGUUCUGUCCAGUCAGCACCCAUGAAUGUGGAGAAAAUCACUUACAUUGACAUUGGAACAGCCCACUCAGCUGCCGUCACAGAGAAAGGCCAGUGCUUCACCUUCGGCAGUAACCAGCAUGGGCAGCUGGGCCGUAGCUCUCGUCGAAGUAGCCGUGUGCCCUACGUGGUGCUCGGGCUGCAGGGUAUCGCCAUGGUGGCCUGCGGGGAUGCCUUCACCCUGGCCAUCAGUGCAGAAGGUGAGGUAUAUACCUGGGGCAAAGGAGCCCGCGGCAGGCUGGGAAGGAAAGAGGAGGACUCUGGAAUACCAAAGGCGGUUCAGCUUGAUGAGAGCCACCCCUUCACAGUGACAUCGGUUGCCUGUUGCCAUGGCAACACCCUGCUGGCUGUGAAACCUUUACUUGAGGAGUCUGUCCCCAGAUGACCCCUGAGGCUUCUCUCCUCCAGCUGUGCUAAACCCUUACUCUCACGAGGAGCAAAGGGUGGUAUACAAUGCGGGAACAAAUCUUGCUGAAGACUUCUCUCAGACACCAUGAUUCUCACUGGCCAAAAAAGACACCUCUGGAGAGAAUGGAUUUUUACAUUUUCUAAUAUAUUUUUACUCACAGCAGACUUUACAUGCCACAAAUCAACAUUUAAAUAGUAUCCUGUUUUUUUUAUUCUUGUGCUGAUGCAAAUGCAUCCUGUUACCUCGAUUUGCAGAAGGUACCCCCGUAAAGAUCGGCAAAUAGCCCCUGGUGCAAUAAGUUGGUAAAUUAACAGUUUGUCCAAUUCCACAGCCAAAGUAGUAAACAUGCUCUCAGGAAGUCGAACCUGUUCUGUGGGUGACAGCUGUUUGUGGUGAGCAUAGUGAAACAAUGCAAGAGUUCAAAAUGAGCUGCCUAUUUGUUCUUACUCUCCCAAAGUGAUCAUGUCUGACUUUGUGGGGAUUAGAAGGCAGUGUAAACCUGGGUGAUAAAAAUGAGUAAUGUUCUCUGUAACAAUGGUUAAACCAUGAGUCCGAAUUUUCCUUUUGUCUUUCUGCCACAUGUAUGGGUUAUUUAAAGGUUCACUGCUGUUGACAUGUGCAGGAGAGCGGCCCACCUUUGUAAACAAUGUCGAAAGGUCUCCUUAGAGCUCUCGCUUCCUGUCAGACAGGUUCCCUGCCCAAAGGUUGGGUGACAGCUCAUGUUAGAGAAAAAAGUGUACAGUGACCUUGGUAUGUUUCUGGUACGUGUAAAUUAUGGGUUGCCAAAGAAAUCAUUACACCAAGUUACCCGUGUCGAAGGAAUAUGGUACUCAUCAAGCAAGAUGAUAUACCUAGAGUGAUCUGACACAUUGUGUUGUAUUUGUGAAAACUGAUAUUUAAAGGUCUCAGUGGUAAUUGUGUGAUGUGUAAUAGUUAACUUAAUGACUCGGUGUGACAUGAUGGAUAUAUACUCUGCUAGGGCUAAGAAACCCUCUGGAUGCCACGUCUGCAAUGCAGGUACAUCCUGAGUAUUACAUCUGAGUAUUGCAUACAUUAUUGAUUACACCUGACAGUAAGAAUGAAAAUGUGCACCAUUAUUACCUUUCUAUUAACUUUUCAAAAUGGAAGAUAAAAUUAUACGAAAAUGUGUGGUUUGUGCUUUUCGUUGCCUCUGAUUCUCUCUACAUUUCCAUACGCACAGCCGCGAACGGAGGGGUUCAUUCACACCGAAUUCAAGCAACGCACGCGUCGAUGACGCAAGACCUUCUGUCCGCCGGCACGCGGCCGCGGUGUUGCCAAGUCACGUGAUCUCGCGGCUGCCGAAGAGCUCGGCGCGGGCGCGGGCGCAGUUCUGUGGUUCUGAGGCUCGGUUCGCACACAGAUUCUUCCGAGCGGCACGGAGACGCGCCACGUCAACAGUAAGAGGCAGUAGGUCCUAUUUAACCCUAACCCUGACGGCAGAUGGGGCGCACCCGUGAAAGUGCUCCUCUUUCGCACAAGUCGCAGUAUUCAUUUCCAAGUACUAUUGCAAAGAAGCGUUGGAUUUUUGGAUUUCAUCAAAAUUACAUUUGUUUUACACAAGGCCAACUGAACUGUCUGAAAAUUAGCAGAAGGCGAGGCUCUGAUCAUGUAAAACUGUAACACAUGAUACGCGCCACCAGGGAGUCCGUUAAUUUAGGGAUGAGACCUUAUGAUAAGGUGGUGUCCGGUCCGAAUCAUCAUGGUAGCUCCUCCUCUAGCAUGCCUCAUUAAGGCAUUUACCUUAAUUGACACUGUCACUGCUGUAUACUGAUUAUCACACAUUAUUAUUAGUCACGCUGGACAAAGCAAGGUGUCAAAUACACGUUAAUAACAACAUAUAAGGAAAGUAGAAGUGACUAGAUCAGCAGUUUCUCUAUUUCAACGUCCCCCAAAGGUUGCGUUUCCAGUAAUAUUAUUAUGUACAGCGGUGCUGGAUCAAAGCUGGUGGUCCAGUUCCAUUGUGGUAGGAGUCCAACAUAGCGGUCUAACUGGUGCCGAGAGAGAGAGAGAACCCGCUCCAGCACCUCCACAAAACACCUCUUUCUCCGCAACCCGGCUCUUGUAACUGUAUACAUGUUUUUCAGCUUGACAAGCUCUGCCAGCGCGUUUAAAUUUUAAUGGAGGAAAAGUGAGAUUUUGUUAUAAAAACUGAUACCUGCACAGGUAGCUCACUUAAAAGUCAUUAUGAGUGAUCUGCUUUACUUGCACACACCCUGACCUGAACUUAAUUAUUUGCAUUCAGAAAGCAUUGAGUAUUAUUCAGUAUUGUUGUAUUGCUCGGUGAAUGGCUAAAUCAUUUUAAAUAGAUUCGUUUAUAAACCCAACAUUGUAAGUCGUCCUGGACAAAGGAGUCAGCUAAAUGAAGACGAAUAAGUAUCAUUAAGGCUGCUGUUGUAAUACCGGGCACUGUACUUAUGUAAUGAGAGUCGUUUUAUAGCCUACUGCUGCUGAUCAUUCCAUUGCGCCACCACAUUUCUGAUUUAUGACUGUCAGGUUAUAUUGCUGUAACGUACACUAAACACAUUACUAUUUAUUAGCUUUGCAGGUCAGCUUGGAUAAUUUAGCAAUGAACCCGUUUGUAGAGCCAAACACUUAACGACGCGGCUGAAUAAUAUAUGUGGCACAGUUUUCCUCCAUUUAGACCCAGACACCCUGGUAAACGGCCAGCUAGCCUGGCUUGAAACAAUACGCAUUUUUUUUUUUUUCCUUCGUGGUUUAUAGGUCCCGCAGGGAGUACAGCCUAUAUUGACUAAACCUUCGCUUUCUGGAGGGGACAAAAACCCUGUGCCGCUAAUGUAAGAGAUUUUGUAAUGCUGUUCCGAUAUUCUGGAGCUGUGUACACUUUUAACACAGUUCUUUAAGGAAAAUGACGCAGGUCUGCAUAUAUAUAAGCGCUAAUAGCGGUGCAAGAGCACGUGAAGAGCCGGGGCUUUGCGGGAUGAUGUAAUCCGACAGCAAUAUGCGUCCUGGAGUGGGACUUGAGCGCCUUCCCUCCCGCUAUAAAUGCGCGCUUUCCUCCCUUUCGUUGCGUUUACAGCCAGUGUGUUUUCCAUGUAAACGAGAAACACCAGCACGAUGUUUUAAUUGUGUUACGCCAUUGAACAUUAGACUCUGGAAACAAUGUCAAUCCGAUUGCUUCGGACUGCAGCCAGAUGUGUAUUUACCAAGAGCCGUUUCCUCUCUGGCCCGAAAUGCAGCUUUUCACACUGCCCAGGAAAUUCGAGCGUCGGUAGCCGAGUGUGUGCGGUGAGGUGUACCGCAAGGGGGAGACACUUCCCCAAACGGCCCAAAAUGUAAACACAUCUUGCAGCAGUCUGGAGGCUUUGUGUGUGAGUGGGCUUGACAAAAGUGAGGCUGCUUCUCCCUUGUCGUCUCAUACUUGAAUAAUACGUUUAUCAUCAAUUAAUCUGAUUUGCGCAAAAUGAUUAAACGUGGAAAUAAGUGGCAUGUGGUGCUCCAGCUGCCAUUUUACUGACUUUCUAAGUUCUGAAAUUUAAUUUUUAAAACAAUACAAAUCAAAUAAAAACGCGUGGGCGUGCAUACAAGAGCGCAGUUGUGUUUCAAACGGGGCUCCUCCCGCACGAGCGGGUGGGCGGGGCUCCGUGUACCUUACACACAGAUGAGAUGGGCUGUAACUAUUGUCCCCAAGCCACUCAGUGCUGCCUGUUUUCGCAGGAGGACGACUCUUCUCCGGUUCUCUUGCCUAGACAAUUUAAUCCCGUUUUUUUUUUUUUUUUGGCGGAGGGAAGCAGA